AUGGCUUCGUCGUCGUCGUCGAUGGACGCAUCCGGCGACGGUGGCCUGCCGGAGGACCAGGUGUUCGAGAUGCUCACGCGCGUCUCGCUCGACGACCUGGCCGCGUGCCGCCAGGUCUCCAAGCAGUGGCGCCGCCUCACGUACGAGCCGGGGUUCGCGCCGCUGCACUGCCGCCGCGCCGCCGCCGUCUCCGGCUACCUCGUCCAGACCGUCGCGCGCAGCCGCUACCACGCCACGUUCGUGUCGGCGUAUCCCUCGCCGCCGCCGCCGCCGGAGCUCGUCGUCUCGCUCGGAUUCCUGCCGUCCGCGCACGUCCGCGUCGAGGCCGUCUCGCCGCACCGGGGGCUCCUCUGCUGCGUCGAGGCCGACGCCACCCGCGGGGCGCGGUACUACGUCUGCAAGCCGGCGACCAGGCAGUGGCGCGCGCUGCCCUGCCCCAGGGUGCGCUACCGCACGGCGGCCACCGCAAUGCUGGCGCGCCCCGGCGGCGGCGGCCGCUCGGCGGACUUCAAGAUCGUCCGCUUCUCCAUCCCUUCGCUGAGGGACUGCCUCCGCUGCGAGGUACCGGCCCGGCGGUGA